UCGCUAUCUAACGCAACCUAACAAGCCUUUCAACUUCAAUCCUUAGCUCCUAGCUACACUAUUCAAUCAAAAAUCAAGAACUUGAUAUUCUUUAUAAUUCUGGCCACUUCCAUGCUAUUUGUUGCUACUGUGGUUUUUCGACUCCUUCUGGAUCCUCCUUUUGCUGUUAGGGGGAAAGAUUUCCUUUCUAAGCAACCCAGUAUUUGAAGCACAUUAGGCUGGUUCUGUAUUGCUCAUUGUAAGUGAUUGAAUAAGUGUAAAAAGAAAAGAUGGAUAGUUGUUGGAACUUGGAGCAGAAGACACUGAUUAGUGAGCUAAUCCAAGGGAUGGAGCUAGCUAAACAGUUGAGGGCACAUUUGAACACGGCUUCUUCGGUUGAAACUAGGGACUCUUUAAUACAGAGGAUUUUAUCUUCUUAUGAGAAGUCUCUCUUGAUUCUCAACUGGAGUGGGUCGAUGGGACAGCAGCAGCAGCAGCAGCAAAAUUUUGGAGCUACAGUUGGUGUUGUCCCAGAGUCUCCUAUAUCCUUGAAUGGAAGUCCUGGAAGUGAUGAUUUUGAUGGGCGUCACAAUGAUGUCUCAAAGAAGAGAAAGACAAUGCCCAGAUGGACAGAUCAAGUUAGAGUGAGCUCUGAAAAUGGGCUGGAAGGACCCCAUGAUGACGGCUAUAGCUGGAGAAAAUAUGGGCAGAAAGAUAUUCUUGGAGCCAAAUAUCCCAGAAGCUAUUACAGAUGCACCUACAGAAAUACCUUGAACUGCUGGGCUACAAAGCAAGUGCAAAGAUCAGAUGAAGAUCCCACCAUAUUUGAUGUCACAUACAGAGGACUACACACUUGUUCUCAUGGCCAAAAAUCUGUUCAACAGCCAGCAUCACCAGAAAAACAAGUACAUAAACAAAACAUUAAUCAACAACUACAAUCACAAGAAGCCCUCUUUAACUUUCAAAAGGGCCUGAGGGUUAAUACUGAGGACAUAGACAAUACAGAGAUUGCAUUUCCUUUCUCUUUUCCACCUAGAUAUGGAAGUAUGGAAAGUUCAGGCACUUAUUCUCCAUCUUUCAUAUCUCCAACCACCCCUGAACCAAACUACUAUGUCUCACCAUUCCAGAUGAACAAUUUUGUAGGAGUUCAAAAUUUGCAGCACCGUUACGAAUCUGAUUUCACUGAUAUCAUUUCCGCCACUACCUCUGCUGCCAAUUCUCCAAUUGUGGAGCCCGACUUCUCUCUUCAGUCACUGGAAUUGGAUCCAAACUUUCCAUUUGACAUGCCAGGAUUUUUCUCUUAACUCCACUAAGACAUUGAAAAUAAGAAAUGAGGAAAGAUAGCUUUUGGCUUGCUGUUACCACAGUAGUGUAUCAUAAGCAAGAAGAGGAUGCAUGUAAAAGGGCAUUAGUUUUGAUAGUAUUGUAAAAUUUAGAAGUUUUCUUAUAAAUAGCAAUGCUAAUUGUAUGGUUACAUAUAACAAUCUCCAUAAAAAUUGGAUAAUCCAAAGAUCCAUUCCAGACAA